AUGGAGAGCACCAGAGACCUUGGCAACUUCAGUUCUGGGUUUUUAUCCGCAAUCACUCUGUUUCAUAAUUUUCAUCUCUGCAUCGCUGCGUGUGGUAAAGAUGAGUAUGAAGUGAAUGGAGAAUGCUGUCCCAUGUGUGGACCUGGAUUUCGGGUGUACAAACAUUGUACUGAGUACCCAACUACGCUAUGUGUACCCUGCGCUCCAUCCACUUUCAGUGAUCUACCCAGUGGUUUAGUAAAGUGUAUUCAAUGUGCAGUCUGUGAUUCCAGACGAGGGUUAAGAAUAAAGACAGAGUGCACAUUGACUGCAGACACCAUCUGUGAACCACGUGAAGGAUUUUACGGUAUUGACCAACACAAACACAGUUGCAGAGCAGCUGUUGAACAUUCAAAGUGUAAACCUGGACAAUACAUUGUACACAAAGGAACAGCAGAUACAGACACUGUGUGUGGUGACUGUGUUGGUGAAACUUACUCAGAUGGUUCAUUCUCAUCCUGUCGACCACAUACAAAGACGAGGGUUAAGAACAAAGACAGAGUGCACACCUACUGCAGACAGCAUCUGUGA